AAAAAUGUACACACAACUUGAUGCUGAAUUCAUCAGCGUUCUUGAAAAGUCUAAGGUUCCAAUUUUUAAAUUGGCGCAUUCUCCGUAGUAAUUUUGUCUAAAUAAAUGGCCUCUUGAAGGAGAUGCUGGGUGGAAGUCUUUGUCAGCUGGACUUUUAAAACGCGAGGAUCCCUCCCGUCCGGUUGCUAUGGAGCAACCACCAGGGAGCUUAGAUGAUCUGCAACCUCAGGACCUAUCCACCUCAAGCAUCCGCAGCGUGGUUGACCUGACCAAGAAAGCUAGUCAGAAUGUCAUGUCCUGCAACGUCCAGCGCCUGAUCCACAUGCCAGACUGGCACCCAAACUCUGGAUUGCUAGAGACUACAUCCUCUAAUGCCUCGCACCAAUCAGUUGAUCAAAUUCAACCCGACAAUGCCUUGUCCCACACUACAGUAACCCUAUCCUACGUGAGCAGGUCUCACAUUUACUCAUCAUCUCAGCCUCUAACCGGUUUGCAGCCUAUCCGCAAAUUCUCCCUCAUCCCUUCUUGUGAGGCUGAAACCGCCUAUACACUGAACCAGCAUUACUUGGAACCUAUCGGCAAACCAGUGGACCUCGCUACCAAGUCUUUUCAUUCAUUGUCUAAACCCCCAGAGAUCGAUGUGGUAUAUCUACCGCAGCAGCUUUGCGAGUUAAACGGGGCUGUAAAUUUAAGCACGACGAUCAGAGAAGAACACAGCGAACGGUUGGAGAACGGGCAACAUGACAGCUGCUCAAGUUCAGUUGUGGCAACUGAAAUGUCUCCAGAGACUCCCAUGACUGUCCUAAGCAACGAUGAGAGCGGGGGAAGCUCUGAGACACCGCCACAAAUCUUUAAAAAUGAAGAGCAAGUGGUAGCCGAGAACAAAAUGGCUGCAAUAGAGCUGUGCUCACUGACUAAGGACUAUAAAAGCCCUCUAGAGGACCCCGUCUCGCCCUCUGCUACCUCAGUUGAAGAUGUGUUCAUGCUGCCCCUGACCUCCAGCUCACCAAGCGGGGAAAACUCUUUUCGAGUAGACGCGGUUGCAUGGGAUGAAGGAGCCGUUGAGCUCCGGUCAGGCAUUGACAACGCUGCUAAAAGUUUCGAUUCAAGCGAUGAAAACGGACAGAAAACAGAACGCGUGAAAAAAACUGAGCUAACCCCUGUAAUUGACUUGACAGAGGAUGGAUGUCUGUCAAGAAUUUCAGAGGACAAACCCAAAACUGUCACCCCACCUCACGAAAACGGCAACGUCAGCCCAAUCCAAACAACUCUACAGGAAAGGAAACUACCUUUCCGUUCUAAUCGAGGCGUUCGCUUAGAAUCGUUCAUUAUGAAUCUCAGUUCAACCAGUUAUAAAGUAUCCGGAUGCAUUAAUGCCAACAUAGACGUUUCCAAAAUGGCAACUUGGGAUUCUUAUGCAACAAACCUAAAGAGGAAUGUCAGGAAAAGUAAAGCGAAACAAAAAGCAGUAAGCCACUGUAAAAAAGGUCAAACGAAUAGCAUUAAAACUAAUCAUUGCCAAAGCACUACCUCGAAUCGUGUUAAUAAUUCUAGAAAAUCAAAUCGCAAAAGCCCGAAGUUUACAAAGAGUACACUAGAGGACACUUCCCGCCUUGGACAUUUGACGAGCCCAGUCAAGUCAAACAGAAAGCACUGUUUGGCAUCGAGUCUUCGGUCAAACAGCUCCAAAAAACUUGUACAAUCUAAGUUGGAAAAAAAUCAAGCCACCCCACCAGCAUGUAAAGUUUCUCCAAAAAGCCAACGUUCAGCUGCAAAGACCAAGGUAGCGCCCACUCCCAAGAAGCGACGAAAGAAGCAUAAACCGAAACCGUUUUCUUCCAUCUUUGCUCCCAAGGAGCCAGAGAUUAAAUUAAAGUAUAUUCAUUACAGGGAGGAGAGAAAGGACUUUCGGUAUGAUAAUUUCUCCCCUUUUAUCCGCGUUCAUCGGAAACGUUCAUCGACGUCGCUGUGUUCAGUCGUGAAUUACCCAGAAGAGGGCAAGACGCCGCAGAACAGGGCGCAGCGAGAACUGACGGAUAAUAGCGGUAACUUUAUUUCUGAAACUGUACCCAGCAGUUCUUGUCUCCACCUGGGACGUAGGUCAACUCAGGGUCAACACCGGGACUCCCUCGUCUGUUGCCUGUGUGGACUCUCUGCCAAUGCGAUGGACUUGGGGGAUCUCCACGGUCCCUAUUACCCUGCAGGGUACAAGCCGAGCACUAAGGAAUCUGCAUGUUCGCCCACCCUUAAAGGUGACACGGAUUGCGACAGUGAUUCUUCGAGCUGUAGCGACGCGGGCAGGAGGAGAAAACGUGCAUUUGUACCUUCGUCCUGGAGCCAUAAACCGGCGAAUCAGCGGUGGCAGAAGAGCUACCCGUUAAGCCGCCACAGGACCGCGGACAACACGGGCAGCCCCGCAGCAAAACGCGCUUGUUCAGAAAUGUGGAAUACAGAUGGUGAGGACUGGUACAGCCCUCCGGUGUUGCCCCUUGAUUCCUGUGAGUACUGGCUGCACGAGGACUGCGGCAUCUGGUCAGCAGGCGUGUUCUUGGUGAAGGGCAGAAUCUAUGGCUUGGUGGAAUCUGUCAAAGUGGCCCAGGAGAUGAUGUGCUCGGCAUGCUCUGCCCCUGGUGCGACGCUAGGCUGCUUCUUCAAAGGUUGUCCCAGCAAAUACCACUACAGGUGUGCUCUGGAGGCAGAUUGUGUCCUCAUCGAGGAAAACUUCUCCAUGAAGUGCAAAAAGCACAAGAACAAGACAUUUAAAGCCCCAGUGGGGAUGCACAAGGAUCCCAGUGGAAAGAGGCCUUCUUGACAUUGGCCUGCCAAUUCACGCGGAGGUUGGCUCACCCUCUCAACUGUGGACCGCCACCGUUGCUCUCCACGACUAGCACCCGUAAACCUUAACUCCAAAUUUGUAAAAACUAUUUAUUUUUACGUUUUUUUUUUUUCCUCUCCAACAAUCAAAAAUAGUAUUUAAAUUGAAGAAAGCAAUUUGUAAAUACAUGAUUAUAUUUGGCUGUAUUUAUUCACCAAGCACGGCAUUUUGCUUCAUUUGUCCGAUAAGCAUUUAUAAGUUAUUGAUCAAGCCAGUUCAUCAUUUAUACGGUGGCCGAUAAGUUAAGUGAACUGCAAAGUCGCUUUGCAAAAAGAAAAGCACAAGUGCCAGUAGCCACGAGACAAACACCAAUCACCCGCAACACGAACCCCGAUCGCUCGCAACACGAACUCCAAAGUGCCUGCAAUACAAACCGCGAAAGGCUUGCAACACAAACCGCGAAGGGCCAGCAACACAAACCGCGAAGGGCCUCAAACAUGAACCGCAAAGGGCCUGAAACACGAUCACUGUUCGCCCGCAACACGAACCCCAAUUGCCCGCAACACGAACCGCAUCAGGUCAUCCUCUUGCAUUCGUGCUAUGGCAUUUUGCAGUCGUGUCGCAGGCCCUCUGCUGUAUGUGUUUUUUUUCCAUUGCAAUGCGUUUGGAAUUGGCAAUGGUAUUGCGGCCAGUUUGCGGUCCGUGUCGCGGGCCCUUUGCAUUUCGCGUCGCGGCCCGUUUGAUGUUCGCGUCGCGGUCCGUAUGCGGUUCGUGUCGCAGUCCCUUUGCGGUUCGUGUCGCGGCCCGUUUGCGGUUUGUGUCGUGGGCCCUUUGCAGUACGUUUUUUUUUUUUGUCAUUUGUGAUGCAUUCGUGUCGCGGCCCCUUUGCAGUUCGUGUCGCGGCCCGUCUGCGGUUGGUGUCGCGGCCCGUCUGCGGUUGGUGUCGCGGCCCGUCUGCGGUUCGUGUCGGAGCCCGUCUGCGCUUCGUGUCGCGGCCCGUCUGCGCUUCGUGUCGCGGCCCGUUUGCGCUUCGUGUGGCGGCCCGUUUGCGCUUCGUGUGGCAGUCCCUUUGCGCUUCGUGUCGCGGGCCUUUUUUUUUUU